AUGGGUCUAGGAAAUUACUUCAAGGCCAAGAAGCCAGAGCCGGUUGGGGAUGUAUCAGAGAAGCCAACAUCGGCUUCACCGCAGCCAAGUUACAAUAUGGAACUCCAGCCACCGCAGUCAAGGUUUGGGUCGUCGGCAAACUCAGUAUCCAACGGAUCCAUACAGAGCUCGACGUUCUUGGACGACAUUAAGCACGAGGUAAUGGUCAAUUACCUCUACCAACAACAAUGUGCCCAUCUCUGGGUCAGUGACGGAAGCGGAGAGAUUGAGGGUGUUCUCCUCAGGAAGUCGAGAAACCAGUACAUGGCUUGCCCGCCACAAUUAGGCAGUUCCCCCUUCGCCGCGGCAUGUGCAGCACUUAAUGUUCAGUGUGCGAUGACCGUCAACUCGAGAGUUAUUAAAACCUUCCUCCAAUGGUCACCUGAUGCCGUCGACGUCCCCUUACUUAAUGGUCUUCGCAUUCAGAUUCUACCAACAAUUGAUGAUCUCCCACGUGCGCGUAAACAUCAGUUUGCUGCUUUCGUUGCGUCGGAAGCACUUCUCGUCGUAUGGGACGAUGAGGCCCUGCACUUGGUACAGCGUGCAAAGGCAAUUGAGUCGGAGCUCAUGGAAUUGGUCUGGAAGACUGGUGAUGCUGAUGACGAGGAGAAGAAGGACGGCCAAAAUGUUGGCGUCUACGAGGUUGACGAGGAGACCGGAGAGUACAUUCCAGAGAAGCGUGGCCUGCACCUGCAAAACACCGUUCUGGUGGCCUUGACACUUAUUCUCAUCAUGGUAUCGCUCGGAGCUGGUGCGCGACAAUUGGCCAUUGAGGUCGCUGUCGACGGCAGUUAUACCCGCCUUGCCCUUCUCCUCCUGACUCCCGUCCAGAUUUUCUUCACUCUCUUCUUCGCCCAGGUCAUUAUCGGAUGCUUGGCUCAACUCUUUGGCCCUGUCAAGCAAUUGACCAUAAACUCCAAGUUCUACUCCGCAAAGGCACCACCUCGCAUCCUUGGUGGUUCCCUUCCACACAUCACCAUUCAAUGCCCUGUCUACAAGGAAGGUUUGAGCUCUGUCAUCGCACCAACCGUCAAAUCCAUCAAGCAAGCCAUCUCCACAUACGAGUUGCAGGGUGGUUCCGCCAACAUGUUCGUCAACGAUGAUGGUCUCCAAAUUAUUGACGAGGAGGAGCGUCGCGCAAGAAUCGAGUUCUACGCUGAUCACAGUAUUGGAUGGGUCGCAAGACCAAAGCACGGUGACAACUUCGUCAGAAAGGGAAAGUUCAAGAAGGCUUCCAACAUGAACUUCGCUCUCCACAUCUCCUGCAUGGUUGAAGAGAAACUUUGCUUAAUUCAACGACCUGUCGACUGGACUCAAGCCGAUGAAGCUCAAGCCUAUGAAAGAUGCCUGAAGGAAGCUCUCGAGGACAACGGACGUGCUUGGGCCGAUGGAAACAUCCGUGUCGGAGAUUACAUCUUGCUCAUUGAUUCCGACACUCGUGUGCCAGCUGAUUGUCUUUUGGAUGCAUGCUCCGAGAUGGAGCAAUCCCCUGAGGUCGGAAUCAUGCAAUUCUCCUCCGGUGUCAUGCAAGUCGUCCACACUUAUUUCGAAAACGGUAUCACUUUCUUCACCAACCUUAUCUACACUGCCAUUCGAUACACCGUCUCCAACGGUGAUGUUGCUCCUUUCGUCGGACACAACGCCAUUCUUCGCUGGUCCGCCAUUCAACAGGUCUCCUACGAGGAUGAGGAUGGAUACGAGAAGUUCUGGUCCGAAUCCCACGUGUCCGAAGAUUUCGAUAUGUCUCUCCGUCUUCAGGUCAAUGGUUACACUAUCCGUCUCGCGGCCUGGGCAGGUGACGGAUUCAAGGAGGGUGUGUCUCUUACCGUCUAUGAUGAACUUGCUCGAUGGGAAAAAUACGCCUACGGAUGUAACGAACUUCUCUUCCACCCUCUCCGAAAGUGGAUCUACCGGGGACCAUUCACUCCUCUCUUCCGAAGCUUCUUGUUCUCCAACAUCCGUUUCACAUCCAAGAUCACCAUCGUGUCCUACAUCGGAACUUACUACGCUAUCGGAGCCGCCUGGAUCAUGACUACCGCCAACUACUUUGCCGUCGGAUGGUUCAAUGGUUACCUGGACAAGUACUACGUUGAUUCCUGGAAGGUCUGGUUCUCUAUCAUUAUCGUCUUCAAUGGUCUCGGAAAUAUUGCCCUCGCUAUCAUGCGAUACAGAAUUGGUGAACGAUCCCUCCUUUACGCAAUCUUCGAGAAUUUCAAAUGGACUCUCAUGCUCGCCAUCUUCCUCGGUGGUUUGUCGCUCCACGUAUCUCAAGCCCUUCUCUCUCACAUGUUUGAGAUCGAUAUGACUUGGGGAGCAACCUCCAAGGAAGCUGAGUUCUCCAACUUCUUCAUCGAAGUUCCAAAGGUGUUGAAGAAGUUCAAAUUUUCCAUGAUCUUCUCCAUCGUUGGCAUUGUUGGUAUCAUCAUUCUUGCCACCGCCGACUUUGUCCCAUACGAUUGGCGCAUCAAGGAUUUCGUCGCUAUUCUUCCUAUGGCCACUGUCACCGCAAGUCACUUGCUCUUGCCGCUCGCCUUGAACCCCGCCCUCAUGACCUUCUCUUGGUAA